AUGAAAGAAGAGACCCCUAUUAGCAUUAUGAGUAUUGGCCAAGUGCACAAGCUGGUGGAACAGCUUAAGAUUGAGGCCAAUUUAUCCCAGAUAAAGAUGUCCAAGGCAGGAGCUCACUUGAUGACUUACUGUGAUGCCCACGCUUGUGAAGAUCCCCUCAUCACUCCUGUGCCCACUUCGGAGAGGCCCUUCCGGGAGAGGACAACUUUUUGUGCCCUCUUCUGA